UGUUGGAGGCACUACCGAGGUGGACCGACGAUGAACCUUGAGAAAAACAAUAAAACUGGAUAAUAUAUCAAGAAACUAGGCGUAGUUGGCGGUUAAAUGUGCGUGCAAAUGACGGUUUUGUUAAUUAACUUUUCUAAAACGUGUAAAAAUUGGGGAUUGUAAACUCCAGACGCACGCACUCAGGAGAGGUAAACGGGAAUUCCGGAUAUUUGCUCGGGGAUGUCCUUUCCGGUAGUCGUGGAAAAGUUUGUUGAUUUCGCGUUGGAAGUAUUCCUGAAAUCUUCUUUUCAAGAUUGGAUGCUACAGAAGCCAUGUUUUCAUGCGACAUCACCCUGGCCAUGACUGCUAAACUGUUUGAUACUAUGACUCCAAUCCUGCCUUGUCCGUUUGGCUGCCCUGUGAGGGUCAGGAACCAGUGAGUGAGUGAGUGAGAGAGAGAGAGAGAGAAAGAGAGAGAGAGAGAGAGACUCUAAGGAUCUUCAGUGCUUCGCCAUAAAACUUCAUUUGGGCCACAGCUAAUAGAAGACACAAAUCAAGCUAUUCCUGCCAGGAUGACUAAAGCAAUCCUCAUCUUCAUCACAGUCCUGGGGGCCUGCUUUCUGUCUGCUACUCCUACUGAAGGUGGUCAGAACCCAGACUACGUGCUCCAGGGCACAGGGGUGAAGCCAGAGCAGAAGAGGCCGCCGGCUCCGGACGGCUCCACCGUGUCCCCAGAGGACGCCGACCGCUUCCUCAGCUGCUACUGUUCCGGCCACUGCCCCGAUGACGCCGUCAACAACACCUGCAUGACCAAUGGGCAGUGUUUUGCCAUCAUAGAGGAGGACGAAUAUGGAGAGAUCCUCCUCACCUCUGGCUGCAUGAGAUAUGAGGGCUACCAUUUCCAGUGCAAGGAUUCACCGAAAGCCCAGCCCAGAAGGACAAUUGAAUGCUGCCAGUCUGAUUUUUGCAACAAAGACCUGCAGCCCACACUACCACCUCCAGGCAUACAAGACCCGCUUUUUGGCAGUGCCCACUGGCUGGCCUUCCUCGUAUCAGUGACCGUCUGCUGUUUCGCCCUCAUAACCAUCACGGUCAUCUGCUACUUCAGAUAUAAAGUGCAGAUGGAGCGGAGGCAAUAUGACCAGGACCUGGAGCAGGACGAGGCCUUCAUUCCCAUAGGAGAGUCUCUCAAAGAGCUCAUCAACCAGUCCAGCACAGGCAGUGGCUCUGGGCUCCCCCUGCUGGUCCAGCGCACCAUCGCUAAGCAGAUCCAGAUGGUGCGUCAGAUCGGGAAGGGGCGCUACGGGGAGGUGUGGCUCGGCCGCUGGCGUGGGGAGAAGGUGGCCGUCAAAGUCUUCUUCACCCGCGAGGAGGCCAGCUGGUUCCGAGAGACCGAGAUCUACCAGACGGUUCUCAUGAGGCACGAGAACAUUCUGGGCUUCAUUGCGGCGGACAUAAAGGGCACAGGGUCCUUCACGCAGCUCUUCCUCAUCACAGAUCACCAUGAGAACGGCUCCCUGUACGACUAUCUGAGGGCUGCCACACUGGACCCCCAAGCUCUGCUGCGGCUGGCCUACUCUGCUGCCUGCGGCCUGUGCCACCUGCACACAGAGAUCUACGGCACCCAGGGCAAGCCUGCCAUCGCCCACCGAGACCUGAAGAGCAAGAAUAUCCUCAUCAAGAAAAAUGGCACUUGUUGCAUUGCAGACCUUGGACUGGCAGUGAAAUUCAAUAGUGACACCAAUGAAGUGGACCUGCCCCCGAGCGCUCGCGUGGGAACGCGCAGGUACAUGGCCCCUGAGGUGCUGGACCAGAGUCUCAACAAGAACCACUUCCAGGCCUUCCUCAUGGCGGAUAUCUACAGCUACGGACUCAUCGUCUGGGAGAUCGCCCGCCGAUGUGUGACUGGAGGUAUAGUGGAGGAGUAUCAGCUGCCAUACUGGGACAUGGUGCCAGCGGACCCUUGCUUUGAGGACAUGCGGGAGGUGGUGUGUGUGAAGGGCUUACGGCCAGCUGUGUCCAACCGCUGGAAUGGCAAUGAGUGUCUGCGUGCAGUCCUGAAGCUGAUGUCGGAGUGCUGGGCACAUAACCCUGCCUCACGCCUCACGGCCCUGCGCAUCAAGAAGACUCUGGCCAAGAUGGUCGAAUCGCAAGACAUCAAAAUAUGACCGCUGUGCUCAGUGCGAUACGGCCGCAGAUGAAACGCAUCCACGGACAAAAUAACCAUCCAGCCGCCUUACACGAACCCAGUGAACCCCAGAGCCUGUGGCUUAAGGGUUUUGUACGCACAGGAGCAAAGCACGGAGCAGCAGGAGUGACCGCUGGGCAGACUCACAAAGACCUGGGCGCCUUCUUUUGCUCCUUGUGCCUGAGGGACGCAGGGGGCCAGGAGAAAGACAAGCUCUGUGGUUCAAGGCAAGGUGACUGUAUUUGGAAUAACGCUCUUUGGCCAACAGCCCCUUCCGCUCUCAGUCUCGGCCCCUCUUCAGUCUGGGAGAACAUGGCCGCACGUCAGCCCGUGCUUUCCGUGAAAGCCAUAGAUGUAUAAGGCAGGUCUGUGUGGGCAGGAGCCAUGGACAACAAGCUUGGGUGAAGAGGGAGUAGAUCCUCUCUUCUCUCAGUGUGGAGGACUAUCGCACUAUUGAUACUCUUCUAAACAGUUCUUUGUAGCUAUAUGUGCAGAUUUUUUUUUGUUGCCGAAAACAAAUAGUAUAUUGACACUUCCACAGCUAUUUAAGAAAUAAUCUUGUAAAGAAUUAAAUUGUCUGUCGUCAUGUGUUAAGUAUUUCCAUAUUUACAGAUGCAGUUAAGUGUGUGUGUGUGUGUGUGUGUGUGUGUGUGUGUGUGUGUGUGU